AAAUAACUGUCUGCCUUCUCAUAAUCAUUAUCAUCUUGAACUCUCCCUACUCCCUCUUAUCCUCACUUACAACCGGUUCUCGAUUCGUAUUUAUGUCCUAACGACUUGUGGCCUCAUUUUGGUUGCAGUUGUCGAGCAAAUGACCAAAAAUAAAACCAAUUUUUUUGCUCUCCUUGUUUUCAUUGUGCUUGGAUAAUGAUUAAAGGACAUUGUCAAACUAUUUAUGAUCCAAGUUUAAUUGAAGAUGAACGUGUUCUACGGAAUUUGUUAUUCACCCAAAGUCGUUAUGUGAUUAAAUCAUCUUACUUUAAAUGUUUUCAAACAGAACUUGAUGUUUAUAUGAGGGAAUUAGUGGCCAAUUGGAUGCUAGAGAUAUGUGAAGAAGAAAAAUGUGAAAAAGAUGUUUUUCCUUUAGCUAUGAACAUUCUUGACCGUUUUCUAUCAGUGAUAUUGAUUAAGAAAAGUCAACUUCAACUUGUUGCUUCAGUGUGUUUACUGGUUUCCUCCAAAUUGAGACAAUCCGAGCCAAUAGAUGUGAAAAAAUUAAUUCUUUAUGCUGAUUAUUCUAUCACCUCCGACCAAAUCAAGGGCUGGGAACUACUAGUCUUGAGUCAAUUAAAGUGGGACUUGGCCGCUGUUACUCCCAAUGAUUUCCUCAACUUAAUACUCCGACGAUUGCACACUCGAUGCAAAGGAAAGGACAAAUUAAUGACGAUUAAGAAGCACGCUCAAACCUUCAUCACUCUAUGUGCAACAGAUUUUCGUUUCUCCAUGUUACCUCCAUCAUCUAUUGCUGCCUCCUGUAUAGCCACCGCCAUCCUGGGAUUAACCAGUUUACGGAACAACUUUUCAUCAACUGAAAAAAUACUUUCACAAAUAUGUAAAUUAGCUAGCAUAGAUGUCUCUGAGCUACUUUCAAUUCGAAAAUCAAUUGAAGAUGUUUUAAAUGAACAAAUCAGUAGGCAUCAUUGAUCCCGGAGAUACACAACACACAUGUUUAUCACUUUAAGGUGUUCAUUUCGCCAACCAAAUCAGAUAUAAAUAUAUAAAUAACUUUAUACAUAUAUAUAAUAUAAUAUAUUAUAUAUAUUGAUCCUCGCCAAAAAAAUUCAAAUGAAAAAAGUAAACAAAUUAAUAAAUUUAAUUGCAGUGAGAUUAAAUGUUAGAAUUGUUAUCGAAUCCUUGACCUUACAUUAAAAAUCCCAACUCUUUUUGUCAAUCAUUUUGUACCAUUUUCCAUCAAAGAUCGAAUCCUAAAUUUCAUUGAACAAAACAAGAUUUGAAUUUAA